GUUUUUUAAACUUUUUUUCCAAAAAUCUCGCUGGAGAUUCUGUACCGUCGGCGGCGGAGCUAUUCUCCUUUACAUGGCAACCGAGUUUGCCACCUCUGUAGACUAUGGACUCACUCUUUCCAAAAGAAUAUACUACGGAAAAGGCUCGGCAACAAGCCCGCCGGUCAUGGCGCCGCCGGUGAUGAAGAGGGAGCAGGAGGGUUACUUGCCGGAGGCCGUGAUGGUUUACGCUGUGGUGCCGGAUCCUGAGGUGGUGGAUAACCCUGACGUGCCCAGCUACCAACCGUACGUGCAUGGUAAAUGUGUACCUCCGGCUUUGAUACCGUUGCAUAUGCAUGGAGUGAGCAUGGAAGCCGAUUGCUGUUUGGAUACGGCUUAUGUUACCGUCGAAGGAACUUGGCGUGUGCACUGUGUUACGACCAGCAGGAAAUGCGAUUGCAGGAUUGCUAUUCCACUUGGAGAGCAGGGUUCACUUCUAGGUGUUGAGGUAGACAUUGCUGGAAGACUAUUUCACACCAAGUUGAUCACUGAAGAAGAUGCAGAGUUUCAGGAAAAUGUAGCGAAAACCAAACCCGGCGGCCGCUUUCUGAAAGGCCAAAUCUACACUUUCAAAAUCCCACAGGUUGAUGGAGGUUCCACUCUUUCAAUUAAAGUCAGUUGGUCUCAGAAAUUGACAUAUGAAGAGGGCCAGUUGUGUCUCAGUGUACCGUUCAAUUUUCCUGGAUAUGUAUUUCCCGUGGGGAAGAAAAUUUUCAAGAGAGAAAAGAUACAAUUGAAUGUUAACUCCGGCUUAAGUGCAGUAAUUGAAUGCAAAUGUACUAGCCAUCCUCUGAAGGAAGUAAGUCGCGGCGCAGGGAAAGCGAGUUUCUUAUAUGAAGCACAAGUGCCAGCAUGGUCCAGUUCUGACCUCAAAUUUUCGUAUACAGUCUCUUCGGAUGAUUUAUUUGGUGGCAUUCUGUUACAAUCUCCAUCUUUGCAUGAUUUUGAUCAAAGACAGAUGUUCUGCCUCUCUCUUUUCCCUGGAAAGAGCCAGAGUAGAAAGGUUUUCCGAAAGGCAGUGGUGUUUUUAGUUGAUAUAAGUGGAAGUAUGCGAGGAGACCUUCUUGAGAAUGCGAAAAAUGCCCUAUUGGCAUCUUUCUCUAACCUCAGCCCAGAGGAUUCCUUCAACAUCAUUGCUUUCAAUGGGGAGAUUCGCUUAUUCUCAUCGUCAAUGGAGCUGGCCUCCAAGGGAGCUAUCCAAAAUGCUACCCAGUGGCUUAACGAUAAUUUAAUUGCAGAUGGUGGUACAGAAAUUUUGCUUCCCCUUAAACAGGCAUUGAAGCUGUUGUCUGACACAACUGAAUCAAUUCCUCUCAUUUUUCUUAUAACCGAUGGGACUGUGGAAGAUGAGAGAGCGAUUUGCAAUGAAAUGAAAAGUUAUCUCACGAGUACAAGAGCAAUUUCUCCUCGCAUAUGCACUUUUGGCAUAGGUUCAUACUGCAACCACUACUUCUUGCAAAUGCUAGCACAAAUUGGCAGGGGUCAUUAUGAUAGUGCUUAUCAUCCAGAUUUUGUUGAGUAUCGAAUUCAAAGAUUAUUUUCAGCUGCUUCAUCAGUCAUUUUAGCUGAUGUAACAUUGGACACUAGCAAGCAUGUUGAUUCACUGGAGUUGUUUCCAUCUCAUGUCCCAGAUCUCUCUUCCGGUAGUCCUUUGAUUGUAUCAGGCAGAUACACCGGAACAUUUCCUGACUAUGUUAAAGUUAGUGGCACAACGGCUCAUAUGACCAAUUUUGCAAUAGACUUGAAAGUACAGAAUGCGAAGGAUAUACAGCUUGAUAGACUAUUUGCGAGGAGACAAAUAGAUAUGCUCACAGCUCGUGCGUGGUUGUCAGAAAGUAAAGAGCUUGAGGAUAAGGUUGCAAAAAUGAGCAUACAAACCGGGUUUCCUUCCGAGUAUACACACAUGCUUUUACUUAAAAGUGGCAAGGAACCUGAACCAGUUCUUAUGCAGGAGAUACUCAACAAAAUUGACCUGCUAAAGAAGGUGGACUCCAGUAACCAAAACAUCAUUUUCCUUGGAAGUCUAGGUGUCGGGUUUGGCAACAUGAAAGCAACAGCAGAUAAUACUCCUCCAGGCUUCGAGGAAUCGAAGUCAUAUGAAGCAGCAGAUCUCUUGGUUAAGGUUGCUUCCAACUGUUGUGGCAGGCUGAUUGAUCACUGCUGUUGCAUGUGCUUCAUCCAGACUUGUUCAUCUGUGAAUAAGCAAUGCUCGAUUGUCCUCACACAGCUUUGCGCCGCCCUUUCUUGCUUGGAGUGCGUAAAUUGCUGUUUUGAGCUUUUUGAAUGCUUCUAAUGGAAGUAGAAAGCUAACUGAAAACAGAAUACAAAUAUACUAUUGUCAUAAUGUGUAUAUGUAUAUGCAUAUGUUGUGUUCAAAUGCAUCCUGUUCUUGUAGAAAUGUCACCACAAGAGGCCUUUUUUGCAAGUAACUCUUCAAAUCUAACAAUUUAUCAGUUAAUUUGCAAGAAAGUACCUCUAUGAAGGAUUAUGUUUCAAUGAGUCUUCUACAAAA